UCGACCUCCCCGAUACUCCAGCUCGCGCCUGCGGGUGGCUGCAAAGCCUCCUCCUGCGUCUGGGACGUUCUGCAGCUCGGAGGAGCCAGGCUCAAAGCCCAGAGGAGGAUGCUGCCGAAAGGAGCUGGUGGAGGAACUUCUCAAGCUGAACUGCGAGGACGCUGCAUGCUCCUCGGGAACAGAAUGCAGACAAGCUGAAGGAGUUCUGUGGCAAAGUCAAGAUGAGCAGGCAAGUGCCGGGAACUGGCAGGCGACACCACCGCUCCCGGGUGCCGGCGCUCCAGCCCCAGACAGAAGUGGAAUCACCUUCAGGACAGGAGAACGCUCGAGAGGCCGAGUGAGUGGGGCCAUGGUGCUCGCGCCCCAGCUGUAAGAGGAUCCCACAGUGCAUUGGAACCGAAGCCUCAAGUCAUCCCUGAGAGGGUCCAGAACAGGCCUCCCAGGGCAGGAGCUGGAGCAGGGGGGAAGUGGGAGCAGCUGCCUCGGAGUCUCCAGGAGAUGGGGUUUGUCCAGACCAGGAGGAGCACUGGAAGGCAGCCUUGAGAUGGCGAGUGUGAGGCUACAUUAACAACGUGUUAACCCUUGAGGGCUCAGCCGAACUGGCACCUGCUGCUUGGGCCCUGCCUUGGUCUGAGAUGGGAUCGCCUCCAGCUGGAGAUCCUUCCCAGGAGGCAGAGGAGCUGUUUGAGCAGGCGCCAAACCAAGAGGAACAGGCUGAGACGGACACAGAGGAGGAACCAGAAUCAGAACCAAAGCCCAUCCGACAGCCCCAUGCCGCAAUGGGAGAAGGAGCUAGAGUCCAUCUCCACCUUGUGCAUCGUCCACAGACUUGCUUACUGCGGUCCAAACAGUUGCCUCUAGGAAACCGGUUGAAGACGGACGGGCUGCAUACGUGUCACUGGGGGCAGAACGCCACAUGUGGCAGCAGUGGCUGGGCCAACGAUACCCAGGUGACAGACUCAGAGCCACACGCAGCAAACAUGCUUGACAGUCUUGUUACUUUGGCUGGAGCAGGCAUUGCAGCAGGCGUGGCAUGCGUUGGGAUCCCGGUAGCACUCGCGGCAGUCGGCUUUACUGGAGCAGGCAUUGCAGCUGGGACCCUUGCUGCCAAGAUGAUGUCGGCAGCGGCCAUAGCCAAUGGAGGAGGGGUAGCGGCUGGAAGUGCUGUGGCAGUGCUGCAAUCCAUUGGUGCCGCAGGCCUUCCUGCAGCUGCCAAAGCUGUGAUAGUAGGUGUUGGGGCAGCAGUCGGUGCCUUAGUCUGAAAGCUACAACUGCUCCUUUAUGCUCUAGAAGACGCAACGACUCGUCCGCUGGCAGUUUUUCAAUUGCACCAUCAGGCUAAUGCAACAAGUAGCAAGUUAGAGAAAUGGCUUUGUAGUUGAAUGCAAAAACAAGUGGCCUGUAGAAACAGCUCCCGCACGUCUGUUGCUCGUUCUACCUUCUCAACAACAGACGUCAAGUUCUGUUGGGAUUAUGGCUGAAUUAUUGCUGUUGGCUGAAAUGUGACAAAUCAAUAAACUUUUGCAAAUUUAAA